AGUCAUCAUGACUCACUAAGCACUGUCCUUCCUGAUCCCACCGCGGUCUCCUUCCGCGACACGCGCACACGCCACAGCGCAUUCGCGUACGUCAACGGACGUCGAACCCAUCGCCCAUGGGAGGAGGGCACGAGGAGCAGGAGGGUGGCGGCGCAAAGGCCGGGGGCUACUCCUCCGGUCUCCCGCCGUCGGAGCCGCCGCAGGAGUACGGGUACGGCACGUUCCAGGGCCCUCGGCAUCCUCCCGUCGGGUUCCCGCAGCCUGCCCCGCCUCCCGGGUUCGGCGGCGGCGGCGGCUACCACAACCAGCAACAGCCGUACGCGCACGCGGAGACGUACUACGCCCAGGGGUACCAGGCCGUGCCAGGCUAUGGUCCUGUUGCUGAAGGAAGACCUGUGAGAAUGAGGCGUCUCCCAUGUUGUGGCCUCGGCUUAGGCUGGUGCCUGUUCAUUGCUGGGUUUUUCCUUGCUGCCAUUCCAUGGUACAUUGGGGCUUUCGUUCUGAUAUGCGUGCGGGUACAUGACCACCGAGAGAAACCAGGAUAUGUUGCUUGCACAAUUGCUGCCGUUGUUGCUGCCGUUGCCAUAUUCCUGGGGGUAACUAAGGGAACACACGUGUGGUGAAUUGCUUCCAGAGAAGGCAAUGGAUUUAUACUUGUAUAGUAUCUGUGUGUAUUAAAAGUGUGGAGCGACAUCGAGAUGCUCUUAUGACUUAUGUUCAUACAUAUUCUACUUUGUAAUGAAAUUUUAGAUGUAGUAAUGCACCGUCUGCUUCAUA